AUGCCCAGUCCUAUGCAAGUGAUCCAAGCAGAAGUAACCAAGGAGUUGAAUGGUUUUGCAACCAUUGUUGUAUUGGGCGCUUCAGGCGAUUUAGCCAAGAGAAAGACGUAUCCAGCCUUGUUCAAGCUCUUUCGUAAUGGUUUUCUCCCAGCCAAUACACAGAUCAUUGGUUAUGCACGUACCAAGAUGUCUCAAGAUGAAUACCUUCAGCGGGUGACACAGUACAUCAAGGUCAAUGAAGAAGGUCGUGGUGAUCUUGAUCGGUUCAAGGCCAUCACUAGCUAUCAUUCAGGAUUGUACGAUGAUGACAUGUCAUGGCAAUCACUCAAUCAAUGCAUCGAUCAAAGUGAAAAAGGACGUCAUGCAAGCCAUGGUCAAUGCAACCGUAUCUUUUACAUGGCGCUUCCUUCUUCGGUGUUUAUUCCUGUUGCUCAAGGCAUACGCAACCAUGUCUAUUCUCAAAACGGCCUCAAUCGUCUCAUUGUAGAGAAACCAUUUGGCAUGGAUACUGAAAGCUCCAAUGAAUUGGGUCGUGCUCUGGGUGCCUUGUUUAGUGAAGAGGAGAUUUACCGAAUUGAUCAUUAUCUUGGAAAGGAGAUGGUCAAGAACAUCAUGACGUUACGUUUUGCCAAUGUCUUUUUCAACCAUAUCUGGGACCGCAAGAGCAUUGACAAUGUCCAGAUUACAUUCAAGGAACCCUUUGGCACAGAAGGUCGUGGUGGUUACUUUGAUGAUUACGGCAUUAUUCGCGAUGUUAUGCAAAACCAUCUGCUCCAGGUGCUAUCUUUGAUUGCUAUGGAGCGACCCAUUUCUACUGAGCCUGAAGCCAUUCGCGAUGAAAAGGUCAAAGUGCUUCGAUGCAUCCCACCCAUUGCACUCAAGGAUGCAUUGUUGGGCCAAUACAUUGGUGGUGCUAACGGUAAACCUGGAUAUCGUGAUGAUGUAACUCUCAAGGACAAACAAGAUAGCCGCACACCAACCUUUGCAGCACUCACAUUGUGGAUCCAAAACGAACGUUGGGAAGGAGUACCCUUUAUUCUUAAGGCUGGCAAGGCACUCAACGAGGCCAAGGUGGAGAUUCGCAUCCAAUUUCGCAACGUUGCUGGUAACUUGUACAAGGCCACCUCUCGUAAUGAGCUUGUAAUGCGGAUUCAACCUGAUGAAGCUGUCUAUCUAAAGUUCAACAACAAGCAACCAGGGCUUUCAUAUCAAACCUUACAAUCGGACCUUGAUCUUUCCUAUCAUGCACGAUUUGCUGACAUGGCCAUCCCUGAUGCUUAUGAAUCACUCAUUCUCGAUGUAUUGCGUAACGAUCAUGCUAACUUCGUGCGUGAUGACGAACUCGAAGCUGCUUGGCGGAUCUUUACACCUUUAUUGCAUCGCAUUGACCAAGACAGUAACAUUCCUCUUUCCACGUAUCCUUAUGGUUCCCGAGGCCCUGCUGAGCUCGAUGCUUUCAUGAAACGUUACGGCUAUGAUCGAUCCAAUGCCAACUAUAGUUGGCCAAGACAAAGCGUCGCUCCUCAGCAAUCCAAUAGCAACAAACUUUGA